GGGGCCGAUAGCAGAUCCAGGCGAAUUUACAGCAAGGAACCCGCGAAGGAUCCGGCGAAUUGGCUGCCUCCCACUGCGCAAGUGACAUUUUCGUCAUGUUGGUCCUGGUCUCCGAUCCUUGCCCACCUACUGUUUAGCUCGAUGAGUUCCUGGCCUGAUUUGAGCGACCUUCCUUUGCCUCCCACCGCUCAAGAUAUAAGACAGAUCCAGUGAAGCCUCCCGUAUCCUGGCCAGCAGUAAAAGUGUCCUGACCGCUGCUCCUGAGAAAAAACGGAGUGUUUUGCCUGGCUGCAUUGCUCAGCCUCCUGCUCCGGUACUCCGCCAGCACCAGAAGACGUGAGCUGGUGGCUACGUGGGCUCCUGCUGCACAUGGCUGGUGGUGCUUCUGCCAGUAGUCAGUUAUCAGGGUGUGGAGCCACAGGAGUCCUGAGGUUUCCAAGUGUAGUACAAAAUGCCAACCACUGUCACCUUAAUCUUUCUGCUUUUAAGCAUUGCAAUUAUUGUUACUAUUACACUUGUUCAGAUGAAUCGGAAACAGAUCCUUUCUCCAGGUCUAAAGUAUGGAAUAGUGCUUGAUGCUGGUUCAUCUCGGACAACAGUCUAUGUAUAUGAAUGGCCAGCAGAAAAAGAAAAUAAUACUGGAGUAGUAAGUCAAACCUUCAAGUGUAAUGUGAAAGGACCUGGAAUAUCCAGCUAUGGCAGUAACCCUCAAGAAAUUGCUAUGCCCAUCAACGAUUGUAUGAAUAAAGUAAAGGAGAAAAUUCCUUUUCAUUUGCACAAAAGCACACCUGUCUACUUGGGAGCCACAGCUGGCAUGAGACUUCUGAGGUUGCAAAAUGAAUCAGCAGCCAGUGAAGUCCUUCAGAGCAUUCAGACUUAUUUCAUAUCACAGCCCUUUGAAUUUAGGGAUGCUCAGAUCAUAACUGGCCAAGAGGAAGGGGUAUAUGGAUGGAUUACAGCCAACUAUUUAAAAGGCAAUUUCUUGGAGAAAAACCUUUGGAGUGCCUGGGUCCAUCCCCGUGGAGUUGAGACUAUAGGUGCACUGGAUCUAGGAGGGGCUUCCACUCAAAUAUCAUUCAUCCCUGAGGAAAGCAUGCAAACUUUCAACAGCACACUACAGGUGCAGCUGUUUGGUUACCAAUACAGUGUAUAUACCUACAGCUUCCAAUGUUAUGGGAGAGAUGAAGCAGAAAAAAAACUGCUAGCUUCAAUUCUGCAGGAUUCAGACAAUAAAUCCAGGAUAAAAAAUCCAUGCUAUCCUCAGAAUUAUAGAACUGUUCUGACAAUGAAAUAUUUAUAUGGAAGUCUUUGCUCAGAAUUCCUAAAACCAGUGAAUUACAAUCCAAGCGAGUCUGUACAUGUCAUAGGAACUGGGGAUCCAGUCUUUUGCAGGGAGGCAGUAUCAACGUUAUUUGAUUUCAAAUCUUGUAAAGAUAGAGAAGACUGCUCAUUCAAUGGAAUCUACCAGCCAAAAAUUAAAGGGAAUUUCGUGGCCUUUUCUGGAUUUUACUACACGGUAAAUGCUCUGAAUUUAACUGGACAAUUUUCACUGACUGAGUUCAAUUCAAGCAUGUGGACUUUCUGCUCACAGGAUUGGAAUCAGUUGCCAUUUAUGCUCUCUAAAUUUGAGGAAACGUAUGCAAGAUCUUACUGCUUUUCAGCAAACUAUAUCUAUCAGUUACUUGUACGUGGGUAUAAGUUCAAUGCUGACAACUGGCCUCAGAUUCAUUUUCAAAAAGAAGUUGAUAACAGCAGCAUUGCCUGGUCACUGGGCUAUAUGCUUAGCCUCACCAAUAUGAUCCCAGCAGAAAGCAAUAGGAUUUGGUUACCUAUGAAUCCUUCUCUGUUUGCUGGACUGUUACUCUUCUUCACAGCAGUGGCAUUACUGUGUCUUAUUUUCCUAGUGUAUUCAUAUGUUCGGUCUCGCAUGCAAAAGAAUACUUGUCAAGUUGAACAUGUGUUUGCUAUAGAAUAAAAUAAGUUCAAAAAAUGGA